AUGGUGUCAUCAAGUGGAAAGACAUGGAUGCGCUUUCCGUACUUGACAUCUGGACAUUGCUUCGGUCUUCACCCACAUCUGGUACGUCGAAUCCCACAACCACCGUCUUUAGUGCUAGCUGAAAAAGAAGAUGAAAAUGGCUUCUUCAAGCUCCAUUGUAAAGAAUACCCAGCACUGAUCAGCAAGGGCUAUGCAGACUAUUUUGCUCCAGUUAAUACACCUGCUGCUGUGAAUGCUUUUCUUGAAUACUGGAAGCCAUAUGCACUUGUGCUAGUAGAAAGUGAAGUAUGGCCAAAUCUUUUUCUUAUUGCCUCAGCAAAUGGUGUUAUGCUAACAUUGUCAACACCAGUAAUUGAUGCUAUCCAAAUUUUCACUCAUAGUUCCAUUGGUAAAUCUGAUCUGAAACAAUCAGAUUCAUCAAAGGAAAAGGAAAAGAAGGAUGAUGGGUCCCCUGGUGCAUUGACGGUUUUGCCCCUGUAUGCGAUGCUUCCUGGAUAUGAAGGAAGGGAAAGGUUUAAGAGUUAUAAUCCUUGGAAUGGGAUAAGCAAAGCAUCUGCAGCUCAGCGUGCUGGAAGAACAGCACCUGACCACUGUUAUCGUCUCUAUUCUUCUGCUGUCUUCAACAACAUAUUCCCUGACUUUUCUACUGCUGAAAUCUUAAAAAUUUCGGUUGAUGGUGUGGUUCUUCUCAUGAAAUCCAUUGGCAUUAAAAUGAUGGAGGAACUGCUUUCUGAAAGCCAGCUAUCGGGAGAGUCAACAGGGUCAAUUGGACGUUCAAAAGGUGCUUCGAUAUCAUCUUCCCACCAGCAAAUCUCUGUUACAGUUGUCACAGAGUUUGUGCGCUGGAAUGAAGAAGCAAUUUCCAGAUGCACUUUGUUAUCACCUCAGCCUGGUAAUCUUGCAACCAAUGUGAAAACCCUCUUCACUUGCCUUCUAGACCAAGUGAGUCAUGUUAGUAGAAGAGUGGUUGCUGCAGCAGCUUCUGCUAAGCUGCUGCUGCUGCUGGUGGAAGCAGUUUUAGAUCUUUCAUGGUUGCUGUACAACGUUGUGGAAGCAGUGUGGCUAUCGUUCAACAUUGUGGAUGGUGCACAUGCUGCAUCAUGUGAAGAAAUUGCAACAUCUAUGUCCAGUGUAGAGGGUGCUGCCUAUAAAGGCCUCCAACAGUGCAUCGAGACAGUUAUGACCGAGGUGGAACGUUUGCUUUCAGCCGAACAAAAAGCAACCGAUUAUAAAUCACCAGAUGAGAGCAUCGUUCCUGAUCAUCGCCUACAAAUAUUGGGUAUCGAUGGUAAAGAUGUGGAAAGGCUUACGUUUUCAGUAUCACCUCAUGAUUUUGGAGUUGGAGAAGGUGGGUGGGCAGGGCUUUGCUUUAGUCCAAGUCAAUGGUCAACGAUACAUGUUUAA